UCGGGCAACGAAACGGACGUGUUUUGCGUAAAAAGAAUUAUUUUUUUGUGACCCCCGAUAGGCCCGAUAGCCCCCGACAGCUAAUCGAGUCAGUAAACGCACGACAGACACCAAUUCCAGCUUCAAUUUCCCGUCUUUUUUUUUAGUUGUGGAACGCAGAAAAGUCCCGUAAAUAUUUUUAAGUAGUUGCUGGGAGAGGAAAAAAUCUCCACAAUCAGAUAAAUAUCGACGAAUGAAGACAUUCCGAGCGCUAGAACAAACACUUGACCCGUAAUUUGUAGUUCUAAAAUUUUCAUGCAACGUCACUACUAUAUUUGUAGCUUUAAGUACAUAAAGUAAGGAAAAAAAAUAUUUUAAACGAAAAGUAGAUUUAUCAACAAUAAAUUUCUAAAAUAAUUAUUGCUUCUGUACUAAAAUUUAAUAACAACAAAAAAUGUAUUUGUACCUUCUAUACACGUAGCGAAAAAUGUUUAUUAAACAAAAAAAUCAAGAUUAAUGUUUUUAAAAGAAUAAAUUGUUGACUUGAGCAAUCAAAAAAAAAAUACAAAUGUGAAAGAAAUUACAAGAAAAAAAUACGAACGAGUGCCAAAUAUAAGAAAAAAAAUAAAAAAGAGUGAAAAUUAAAUUCCAAUAAACCAGAAAGAGCAUUUAAAAAGAAAAUCUCAACAUGUCGCUCGACUCAAUGGGACCCGGAAGUGCGGGCGGAACACUCAAAUCGAAUCGCAUGACACAUUCCCUGUCGACGCCCUCCGGUGUCGAUGGCUCUGCGGGUCACGCGCACGGCGGCAAAAAAUUAGCAGUCCGUGUUCAGAUGUUGGACGACAGCGUAACAUUAUUUCAAGUGCAGGCAAAAGCAUUGGGCAAAGUCCUUUUCGAACAAGUGUGUCGUCAAUUAAACCUUUUGGAGGCCGAUUAUUUCGGUUUGGAGUACCAAGAUGGGCCCACAGGUACCAAAUACUGGCUUGACCUGGAAAAACCCAUCAAUCGACAGGUCGGCUUAACGCUCAUCGAUCCCAUGGUGCGUUUUUGUGUCAAAUUUUACACGCCCGAUCCGGGCCAACUCGAGGAGGAGUACACGCGAUACCUGUUUUGCUUGCAAAUUAAACGUGAUCUGGCGACUGGUAGUUUACAGUGCAACGACAACACAGCCGCACUAAUGGCCAGCUACGUGGUACAAGCAUCAUGUGGCGAUUAUGCACCAGAAGAUUAUCCCGACCACACAUAUUUAUCAUCACAUCGAUUUAUGCCGAACCAGGAUGCGGCAAUGCAAAAGAAAAUUAUGGAGUGUCACAAGAAACACAUUGGCCAAUCACCUGCGGAAGCUGAUCUUAAUUUGCUCGAAACAGCACGACGUUGCGAGUUGUACGGAAUCAAAAUGCAUCCAGCCAAAGAUCACGAGGGAGUUCCAUUAAAUUUGUCCGUGGCACACAUGGGCAUCGCCGUUUUCCAAGGAAUCACACGCAUCAACACCUUUUCGUGGGCCAAAAUCCGCAAGUUGUCGUUCAAGCGGAAAAAGUUUCUCAUCAAAUUACAUCCAGAGGGAUUUGGCUAUUACAAAGACACCGUCGAAUUUUUCUUCGAGGGACGUAACGAGUGCAAAAAUUUCUGGAAAAAAUGCGUGGAGAAUCAUGGAUUUUUCCGAUGUAGUCAAGUGCAGAGCUUGCCAAGGAGAAAAACACGCGUUUUGUCACGUGGCAGCUCCUUUAGGUACAGCGGCAAGACACAAAAGCAAAUAAUUGAAUUUGUGCGAGACAAUUACGUGAAACGACAAACAUUUCAAAGGUCUCAGUCUUUCCGUCAGGGUCCUCUGCAUUCAAGUAACCGAAGUCAAUCACAAAAUUCAUGUAAUGUGAAUACAAGCAUCUCAGCUCAUCCUCUACUUCCAAUUGAUGCUGUGGAUUGGGACCGUCGCGAUCAGAGAGUCGACUCGAAGACCCCUUCUCAGAUGAGGAGAACGGAAGCGGAUACGAUGGAUCGCCAACGCACCAAUCCUACAGGCCACACUCGCUCUCAGGUUACAUCAGCCCAGGUGGAGACCUAUCAGAUGAAGACAUUUGCGGCGGAAUCUCAACCUCGAGCGGCCCCCCGGGAUUUGACUACAUCUCCGGCAGUAACGGGAGUCAACCAUCAACACCGCACCAGCAACAAUGCGCACGAAGUAGAUCCGGCUCGUGUGCAUCCAGACGUUCACAAUAUCGGCCGGACCAACCACCACAGCUAUGCCAAUUUGUCUCCCAAAUGCAUUCGUCCCAACAAGUACUCCCAAGUUACGGCGGAUUCACACCUACCGGCGGAUCACAGCAGUUCUAUGGCGGAGACAAUAUCCUCCAUGGAGAGUGCUUUGGACACCCAGUCGGUCCAUUCCCAGUCCCAGCCGGCACAGAGAGAUCAUCAGGGUCAUACAAUAGCCCCUUAUAGCAGCACGAAUGCUUAUUCGAUGUGUAAGUCUGUCAGCACGGAGACAGAUCUAUCGGAUGAGCAGGGCGACGCAAUUAUCUAUACCGACAUUAAUGAUUUAUACCGCAAAUCUAGCACAAGCACGCAAAACGAUAACGAACCAAUAAUUCAGACAGACACUAAUAUAAGUAUCAAUAAUGACAUUUACGCGACAAUUAAUCGUAAGACUAAAACAAGUAACAAAAAUACGCCGCAAAAAGUUGUUGAGCGUGUCAGUUACGCCAACAUCAAAUACGGCAGCAACGAUUUUAUUAACGAUGCAUACGGUUUGUACAAUAAUUACGCGACACAAAGUCUCGCUAAUGAUCGUCAGAACAACUUUUCUGAAACGUCUGACUAUUACAGCCAAAAAUCCCAUGCGAAUCGCAUUUCCGAGAAUUAUGUCAUUUAUUCCAACACAAAUGGCAAUCGGUCUCACCGUAGUACGCAUUCGCUUCCGCGCAACUCGGAAAUGUCGGGCGUUGAGUCUCUCGACUCGUACGACAGUCAUUACACAACGCAUCAUUCUUUGAGCAAUAUUAAAACAACCGCCGCUCUUGGACAACCCACUCUGAAACCCAUCGAUAUCUCAUCUACUUCCCCAUAUCACAAAAAGUCCUCGGAACGUCUUGAAUACGAACUUUCAAACGCUAACAUUUACUCCACUGUUUCUCCUUACAAGACUUCUGAAUAUCGCAAAGAAAGUUGGGAGCGCAGUACUUCUUGCAAGAAUUUGUAUGACCCACGAAUGGAUUUCUCACUUCUUGAACGUGAAUUCUUGACUUCUGAAAGAAUUGAUUCGCCAGUUACGCGUUUUAAUGACACACCACGAUCGAUGUACGUUACGCGAAACAAUUCCAUUGAUGUUAGUCAAGAAUUCUUUUUGGAAGAUGCGAAAAUUUAUUCGUCAAGUUAUCCGGGAACGACAUACCGAACAAUUAAACACACGCGACAACCGGGACAGAAUUACGACUUUACUGGAUCGCAGGACGAUAUUUCACAUGACAGUUAUGAGUUACUUGAAAAAUCGGAUGAUGAUUUGUAUGCCCGUAUCAAAGCAAAUCACCCGAAUUUGCAUACGAGAUCAUGUUCUCUUGAUUCGGGUAACUACAUUCCGACAGACGAUGAGAGUGAUCCAGAAUAUAAGCGUCAGUCAAAGUCCGAAGCCGACAUUAUGGAUGACGAGAUAUUUUUGCUUGAAGAUCCUUGUUUCUUGCCAAAAGAGAAGCUUUGCAUAAAAUCUGAUGGUAAUUUUUACAAGAAAAUCAAGGAGCAAAUGGGUUCACGUGCCUCCAGUCAAGGCAGUGAAUUCAGCGACUUGAAACACUCGAAGAGUAGUGAUUCAAGCAAAAAAUCCAAGGAUAGUGUCUAUCAUACGGACAGCAAAAAGUCUCGCGAAUCACGAGAAACUCUAAAGUCUAAGUCGGGUUCUGCUUAUAAUUCACGUGAAACAUCUCCUGGAUCCAAAGACUCAUUCGGUGAAACUAUGCUGACAAAAAACUACGAAAUGCCGGCAACGACCGGCAAACUCUUGAAAGGAUUAAAGAAUAAGCUCGACGGAAGUUCACGUAAUUCAAGUCAAGACUCGAAAAGUGACUUUUUCGAUCCCGUUCCUCCAAUUGAAACGGAGUCCUUUGACGCAGACGAUCACGAGUUUGAACCGCGAUAUGCUCAACCGCGUUUUAAAUCACACGAUAGUUUGAUUCAAGAAGCAAAAGACUCGGACACGGGAUUUUAUGACUCUGACGCUAAACAUUCCUCGACUUUUCCAAGCAAUAAUAAGCCACACAAGACUUCACACGUACAUUCGAUAAGUUUACAAAAUGUCGAGGUUGAAAGGAAUUUUCGUAGUUUUUCGUUCCGAUCUCCAGACUCUGCACCUCCAAUCAAACCCCGACCGAUUGAUGUGCAAGGUCCAAAAACGACGCACAUUUGGCCCGAAGAAAUUGAAGGAAUGACAACAGAAGUGAGUGUUUCUGCAAUGGAGCGUGCUCGCAUCUUCCGCAAGCGAUCAGAUUCUGAAAAUAUUUUCAGUUUUGAUAAAGACAAAAUUGAGUCACUUACCGGAAGUAUGGAGUCCCCUGGUGGACAAACAAUUCCUGAAAAGAAGAGUCCCGAAUAUCCUUUAACGCCUGAAUUGUUGUCUGAAUUUGAUAAGCAAAUAAUCGAAUCACCGCAUACGCUCGUACGAAAAUCAAAAAAAGAGGAAUUGAUGGCAAAAACUCACUUUGAGGAAUACAAUCCAAAACUUGUAAUUGAGGCAGGAUCGCAAAUUGGUGGUCCGUUGACGUACAAUCAUGUCACAGUUGAACGCACCAAAAGUGAUCCAAAUUCUCUUGCAAAUCGUCCUCGUUUGAGUGCGAAUUCUCGCCGGCACACGCUUAUGCAUCAAAAAUCCAUUGACUUAACGCCAGCUGACUCAAGCGAAGAAGAGUAUCUUUACCGACAAAUUCCAAGUGCACCGCCUGUUUGUCGCACGCAUGGAAGUAUCUUUGAAAUGCCAACACAUUGCUUCGAUUUACCACCAAUUCCAACACUUGAUCUGCCACAAAGUGGCUUUGAGAUGCCAAAGAGUUUCUUCAAAGAUCACGACAAAAAGAAUUUGAAAAACUUGAAAGAUGACAUUCCGUAUGUUUUGCACAAACGACACAUAAUGAACGGAACUGCUCCAUCUCCGUGUGCAACAAAUAAUGUCCAUCGCUUUCCAAAACCGAAAAGCCCACGUUCUCCGAAGUCACCAAAAUCUCCAAAAUCCCCGAAAAAGACAGAAGCUGAAUAUGACUUGGAAGCUGACACUGGUCCUGGAUUCUUGUUCACGCAAAAUAUAGAUUUAUCCAAAGUCGAUCCAGUGACUCUUGAAAUCGAUAAGACAGUUACAUUACCCGUUUUAUCAUCAAGUCCUAAACGUGAUAUCACUAAGAAAAUGGAUGCAAUAACAAUGGAGGCUCUCAGUAACAAGUUAAGCCAAAUAGAAAGUGAUUCUGCCACGAGUUCCAAAACAGAUAGCAUACAACGACAGAAACUUGAGCCAAAACCAGUUGAGUUACCGUUCCAAAUUGAUCCAAAAUUACUGAAAAAAGACAUUCCCCAGAUUUCGAAAAGACAAGUAGUUAAACCCAAAGGCGUUAUUCCAAAAGGUCAAGGAAAAGGUCCCACUAUUAAAAUCAAAGGUAAAGGCAAAACUCGCAUUACGUCAUUCUCUUCAGACGAUGAAAGUAUCGACUCUGAUGAUGUUUUUGGUGCAGCAGAAGCUGUUCCGCAGAAACUCGAGUUCUCGCCGCCACAAUCUCGUAAAGAUAUUGAGCCAAUCUUACGACAUGAGCACAAUCGAAUGACACAAUGGGCACGAAAUACAAUGCAAACAAUGAGUUCCACAGAAGUUGAAGGCUCUCCUCCAACCACAAGAAGACUUGCAGAUUUUGAGUCACGUUAUCAUCCUAAACUGGAAUCGCAUCACAAUAGCACCGAGUUGAGACGUAUUUCAGAACGGUCUAUUUCGAUUCCUAGUUCUGAAGAAGAUAACUUGCAACGAGUGGCGGAAGAAUCCACGCAUACCUACCACAUGACAGAAAAUAUUCCAUCGCCAAUCAUCGAAGGAAACGAGUUCUUUAGAACGGAUGAUGAUGAAACUUAUGAGACUUGCUUCGAAAAGAGUCGUGGAUCUGAUGCUGAUUUAACGUAUGUUAUGAAACCUGUGAAGAAAAAGGAAACAGAUAUCUUUAAGAACGAAUCAAAAGCUGUGCGUGCCAAGAUGAUAGAAGAAAUGAUCGAUUCUUCGAUUGUCAAACGGUCGAAAAAUCACGCACCUAUAUUGUUUGCUCAUGCGAGACUUAAUUUAUCCGAGGGGUCUGCCUUUGCUUCGUUACAACGGCAAAAAGCAACACAAGAAUCUCCAACAGCUGGACGAAGAGCAAAAAGUCUUGAUACGCCCGUGAUUUCGUUAAGAACACUCCCACCAAUGGAUGCUUUCUCGUCUAAAGAUGACACUGUUGGUUUUGAAGAAGAGGGCGAUAUUUUAGAAGAGAAACCAAUUUAUCGCGAGACAACCAUUCAAGAAGAAGAUCAAGCCGACAGUAUUCAUUCAUGUGUAGAUGCAAUUGCAUCGUCGGAAGGAAACGCUUCUCCAUCUCUUCGUGCAAUGACAAAUAUCGAGAACGUCACAAUCGAAAACGAAGAGCUUGAGUUAUUGGACAAGUUGAAAUACAUUCAGAAAAUCACUUUGCAAGGAGUUAAAAUCAAAGAGAAGCGCAAGUCUAAAACAAAAUUAAAGAGCGGUGAUCAACUGAUUCUUGAUAUUCCGAAAUACAAGUUUGAGCCAUUUAGUUCAGGCAACAGUUCACGGCGCACUUCGCCUGCAAUGUCUCGUGCUAGCAGUGUUGAAAGUACAAAAGGACGAGCAAAGUCGUGUGAUCGUAAAUCUACUUCGAACAAAACUUCACCAGCAAAGAAUUCAAAAUUCAUUAAGACGCAAAAAUCUCUACCGUCGGAUUCUAAACCAACAAGUCCAAAAGAAAAAUUAUUAAGUCCCAAACGUGGCAAAGAAAAAUCAAAAUCUCUUGAACGAAUGGAAUUACGAAAAUCUACAAGUCGCGAGCGUAGAUCAACUGAAGAAGAUGAAGAAGAGAAAGCACGACGUAAAGAGCGUCAGCAAAAAUUGUACGAAACAGCAAUUAAACAAACAAUUAAUAUGUUGAGUCCUGUCAAAGACCAACUUCCACCUUUCCCAAUUGUAGAAGACAAAAUUUCUGUGAAAAAGGAUGGCGAUAAAAUCAUAAUCGAUACCGAUUUGCGAAACAAACCAGAAAACCAAGUAUUCAUAGCAAAAGCUCCUCGAAAGUUGGAAUGCGCAUUAGCGAAAGUAAGUCGCAGUUUCGAGGAUAGCAAAUCAAUUGAAAAAAUCGAUAAAGCAAAUCGUAGUUUUGAGGAUCGUGAACGCAGUUUUGAUGAACAAAGUCGUCUUGAAAAGGCAGAUGACGCAAAAUCUCCCAAGAAAAUGACAAAGAGUCAGGAAUUGAAACAAAAAAUUGAAGGAACUGUUGUGCAUAAGAAAAUUGAUGGAAAAUCUAAGAGUCUUGAAAAGAAGAACGAACCACAAUUUCUUGACAUUGAAUAUAAAACACGAAGUCUUGAUUCAGAACGUCAAUCAACUGAUUCUGAAAGUAGGUCAUCUGAGGAGAAAACACCUCCAGUUACAGUAGAUAGACGUGCAAAAACUCAAGUCGAUGAAAAUACGGGAGAAGUUGAUAUGCAAGCAAUCAUUUCUGAACGACGAAACUUGGAUUUGUUGAAACGCCAAUCGUUUCCAUCCGAAGACUACGGAGAUAACUCAACAACUGUCACAAAAGACGUAAGUGAAAGUUCUCUAACAUCUGUUAGUGAAAUAAAGCCAAUGCAAUUUCCUCAUCGCGUUCCUACAAUUGAAUGUGAAGAGCCUUCUGAAGAGGAAGAUGAUGAAGAAACAGAACAUAUUGUGCAGAAACCAGGAAAUUUAAGUUUUGAACGAAGUCGUAGUGAUUCUACUUCGUGGGUAACAGUCGAAAGUGAGAGUUUUGUUGGAACAGAUGGCAGUAGUGAUGGAAAACCACAUCACGUAAGAGGAAUUGAAACUCAGAGCACAUUUGAGGAUACAAAAAACUUACGCCACUUGGAUAGAGACUCGAAAGACAAUGGUGAUAUGAAUAUUAUUGUAACUCCUCCGGACUUUAGCCCAACAACUGAGCAAAUGCCAUUACCAGAAUUGCCAGAUAUUCCGAAGAAAAAACCUGAAGAAAAUAUCAGAGCUCGUCGUCGUGGACAACAUUUACGUUUAAACAUUGAACACUCGCGUAGUUCUGACACGCAAUCUAGUAUUGAGAAAGAUACGAGUCCGGUUAGAGCCGAAAAAGAAAAAUCUGUUGACGAUGAAUCAAGCUUGAGUUGUUCGAUUUCACGUCCAUUCGGAAUUUCAACUGAUAUUGAUCCAAAAGAACAAAUGAAAUGUAUUCAGUUGCGUGAAGCUAUGCUAAAGAUGGAAGAAACGGAGGAAGUCAUGACACCAACUACACCGAAAAAAUCUCCAACACUUUCGAAGCAAUAUACGCUUGACUUAGGAUCUGGUUCUGAGCUCGAUAAUGAUGGACAAGAAGCCAUUGAAGCUAGAAUUGAGAAAAUUUUGCAGAGAGAACGAAGCGAAGGAAGUAGCUCUGAAUCGGAUACCAAAAAGAAAGCACCGAUUCCAAAGCCCCCAAGAAAUGGUAAAAAUGGUUCGUUGCCUAAGAAAGAUGAGCCUGAAGUUACUGUUCCUCAAAAGAAAUACUUAAGUGCAACAACUGGCGGAGGAAGUGGUGAUCGUGCAUCAUUAGAAUCGAAAUCGAGUGUUGAAUCAAAAAGUUCCAAGGGAUCUUUUGAAACAGAAAGUAGUUCAUCAAGUCGUAAACGAAAUGAACUUAUUCAUCAACGUGGCAAAAGUUCAACCUGGAAGCCGUAUCCAAUUGAGAGCUCCACAAGCUCGAGUAUUGAGGAUGCUUGGAUUCCACAAGCAACUUACGAACACUUUGAUUUAACAGAAGCUUCGGAAGAAGAAACACGUGGCAAACGUGCAUCUUCAUCCGAAGAGCAAAAAGGAAGUGAUUCCGAUAUGGUCGAUGAUGCAAAUGAGUUUUCGUCAAAUUUCUCAUGCACGGAAAUCAAUACGACUUCUCUCGGACUUGGCUUACCACCUACCGAUAUGUUAGGUUAUGGAACAGCUUUUGCUGUUGGUCGAACGUUGUCUCGCAUAUCUGAGAGAAGUACAAACAGUGAAAAAUCUGAAGAUAACAGCAUUCUUGAAGAUAUGAGUCAACAUGAUGAAUCCGCAAUUUCAAGUGAGCAUCAAGCAAGUGUUAGUUCAGACUUUCAUAGUACUUCUAAUGCAGCUUACGUUUCUGAUGCGGAUAGACGAACAUCUGCAGAAAUGCCGGAUAUUCCGUGUGACCCAGCAACAGCUGAAAAACUUUCCGAGUUAUACAUGAAAGGACUUGUGAAAAAUGGCAAUGCACGACAAUUCACCGUUGCCAAGCUUGAUGACACAGAAAGUAAUAAAACGGAAAAGCCAAAGUUGAAUGCAAUGUCAAAUGCUGGAAGUCAAGACUCAAACGAAGACUGGCCUCUACCUGAUAUUCCAUUUGAUCAAACUCCCGAAGGAGUAGCUUUGCCACCGAUGCCAGGAAAUAAGCCAAUUCCAAAGACUUUCUGUUGGAAAACAAGCACAUCCAUACGAUCUCAAGACUCACAAGAUUGGCCCUCACCACCAUCGAGUGCCAUGGAAACACCCAUUAUGGAAAAUGUUGAAAUGUUUUAUCUGAAUCAAGUGGAAUUGCCAACAAAUGUAAUGAUCGAUUCGUACACUGAUCCAAGUCUUGACAAGUCCAACAGCUCUUCGGAUCCCGAUUACGCUGAAGUCGCUGAUAUUGCUCCAGAUCCGCCAUUAAAAGACUAUGACAAAUCCGGAAAUUCUUCUAAAACGAGCGCAAGUCCUUCUAACUCUGUUAUUUUGCCAUAUGAGGAAACUUCCUACUACAUGAGCGAAGUCAAAACGCAAGAACAGUUUGAACCAUCAACAUGCUUCAGUACGACACUUGCCAAUGUUUCUUGCUUCAAAUCAACAUUCGAGACAUGUUCAAGUGGCAAAUCUGCUUCAAGUCAAUCUUCGAGCAAGGAUAGUCCUGAUAAAGUUAUCAUAACACAGCCAACAAAAUCUCCAUCCACUUUAAGUCCCGAUGUCGAUGAUGAAUUCUACUUGAACGACGAUGUAUUCGUGUCAGGUGUUAAGAUUGAAAUUUCUCCCACAGAUGGUCAACCAUCGGAGUUUGUUAGAAAAUAUUCCAACACAUCCGAUGGAUCGUUAGAUGAUAUUUUAUCAGCUUCAUCGGGAACGAUGUUGGAAGAUACCGUGCGUACUAAUUUAGAUCCUCGUCGUUUAAGUAGCGGUUCCUGUAAACGCUGCAGUCAUAGUAGCCAUUCUGAAGAAGAAACAAGUUCCAUUGGCACUGAUUUAGAUGGAACUGUAAAAAUGGGUCGCCCUCAGCAAAAAUGUACCCAUAGCUCACAUUCAGAAGACACAUCCAUUGGUCUCAGUAUUUCCGAAUGGUCAACAGGUACGAAUACUGUUCGGCAAUAUGCGAAUCUAUCAGGAUCUGAUAGUUUAUCUGCCGUUUCUAAUCAUUCGACUGGAGCUCGAAGCUCAGUUAACAAAUCAACCGAGAGUUUAAAUGAUAAGAGUGCAAGUUUAUCUGGUAGUAAGCAUCGAUUCUCGUUAGAAAAUGUUUCAGAUGGUCAUAAAUAUGAGGCAUUCUCCAAUUCCGAUACUGAAAAGUUCUCCUCUGGAACUCGAAGUGACGACACAACUUUGACUCUUACGGAAAUAGCGCAAAGUAUCACUGAAUGGUCAACCAGUAGUAGUCAUACGCUUGUUGCUGAAGUUGAAAUCCCACAUCACACUGACUACAAAAUCGAUAAAGGUAGCUCUUCAAUUGAUUACAUGCCACUGAGACAACCAAAAAUCAUCAAAAAGCAAAGUCCAACAGAUGAAAAAUCAAAAUUGCCUGGCGUGCAUGUCAGACCAAAAUUACGACAAAAUACACCACCGGAAGAUGAUGCAAGUAGCAAAAAUGGUUCGCAAAGUAGUGCGAGAUCCUUUGAUCGUCCAAUAAAAGUCCCCAUGAAAUUAGAUUCUCCGAGUGAGAAGCCUCCAGUAAAACCAAGACCAAAUGUCAAGCCAGGAGACGAAGUUAAACGUCGUCCGGCGGAAAUGUUACAAAAAAGCGUCAGCGAAAACGGGUCGGAAAUAAACAGGUUUACUCCAAAAUUAUACGGACAAGAUGAAAAGCUAUCAGAACGCUACCAAAGUCAAGACUUUUCGUCCACAAUUAUUGCACCAGCACCACCUAAUAAGUCACUGCCCCGCGAAGCUGUUUUCGACAUGAAUAAACCUUUGCCAAAAACUCCAAGUCCUUUCGAUCAAUCGCCUUCUUUGUCUAAGCAUCACAGCUAUGACGACAAAACACUCUCGAAAUCACAAAUUCGCGAGUACAAAAACGCGACCAAAUUGCGUCACACACAAUCAUUCCACGAAAAUUUGACGGUAAAAGACUUGAAAAAAAUUGACGAAGUAACUGGUGGUAGUUCGAGUCAAACAAGUGAAAGCACUGACCCAAAUGCAUCUCCGAUGCCCACACGUCCCGAGAAACUCGUCAAAUGCUCUCCUUACUACUCGAGUAGCUUGAGUUCCGAAUCGCCACCAAUUCAGGUACUGACAAAGCCACCGCGAAAGACUUCUGGUCCACGAACCGUUGCAAAGAGUCCUCCAAGUGGCAACGACACGGACAGUUCAAUGGAUCUUGUUCGACAACAAGACCCGAAAUUCCGACAACCAAGACGUAAGCGACAAAUUCCCAUCAAGCGAAUCCGUAUCGAUCGCACCACGAUGGAAAAACAAGAGAGUUCCGAGUGCUCGGAUGCAUAUUUGCCCGAAAUGGAUUCCGGUAGCUCGGAUCGCUAUCCAGACUUUGAAGAAGGUGAUGAGUAUGUUGAGGAAUAUGAUGAGGAUGAUCCGACAUAUCGUGUUGUCGAUGAUCAUGGUGGUGUGUAUCCGGGUGCUUCGUAUUCCUCCAAGUUUGAGGGUCUCGAUAUGUCUGAGAAUGUCGAUGAAAUGGGCUUUCCGCGAUAUGAUCGUCUCGGCCACCACACAACUUCCAUGUACAGACAAGAAAUCUCUCCGCCAGAGCCUCCAGCGAAGCCAGCUCGCAAGAAAAAUCGUACGCAAUACACGCCCGAAAGUGGCAGCGGUACUGAGACAAAAGCCGGUUUGUCUGACGACAUGAAUUAUUCGAGUGAAGAUAGCUUUAAAGCUGGUUUCACUGGAGCCACAACAACUGGCUACAAACGGAAUAUCGAAAUUCCGUAUCCCGAUUUCUUGUCUGAUUAUGAAAAUGAGGCGGCCGGUGGAUGCUCAUAUCCAAUGGCGCUCGAUGAGGCACAACGCUCCGAUUCGGACAAGGGAGUUGGCUUCGAUUUACGUUCACUGCCUCCUCCGAUCUUCAUACAGGAAGAAGAGGAAGAGGAGGACUCCAGUGAACCUCGUCAUUAAAUUCUUUGUGACAACAAUAACUACUGUACAACGUCGCAUGCAUCGUAACUUGUUAACACCAAACCAAUAAAUAAAAAAAAUCUACUGAAACAAUCGUUCAUC